AUGUCAAGUCUUUUUGUUGGAGGCUUCGUUGCUUUCCGCGCCCUUCCGCGGCCCCAGUUCUCUAAUCUGCAGACCGCCAUCUUCCCCAUCUACUUCUCACUGCAGACUGCGCUGCCUGUAGUCGUCGCCUUGACCGCUUCCCACGGCGGACAGGUGUUGGGUUUGUCUGGUCUCACUGCACCGAAGAACCGCUUUGACACCCUCUUGCCGAUGGCAACCGUGGCAGUGACCGGGUUGGUGAACAUGUUUGUAUUGCUUCCCAUGACAAGAAAUGUGAUGCGCGAGCGCAAGCAUCAAGAAACCCGUGAUGGAAAGAAGAGCUACGACCCCGCGCCUCACUCUAAGGAAAUGCUGGCCUUGAACAAGAAAUUCGGCCGCGUGCAUGGCAUCUCAAGCUUGGUCAAUUUGGCCAGCCUGAUUGCUACGGUCUGGUACGGUGUCGUGCUAAGUAAGAGACUUGAGUAA